GCGUCUUUUCCCUCCUCAUCGCACGCAUCCUCCACGCCUGUUGGCCAUUUGCGUCACGCGGAAAUAUAUUGAGCUUCUUUUGCUGAUUAUAUUUCCAAGUGCCGUUUUUUUCCAUCGCCCCGUGCCGAGUUGCGCCCAGACGUGCUAAUUGCACCCUUUUCCCUUAUAACACACCACCUCACCACUUUUUUCCGCUGCCACCCUUUUUUUUUUACCCUGCCGCACGGCUAUUCGCACUGUCUGUCUUGACGCUCUGCUACGCCAAACCUACAGUGUCCUUUUUGUUGUUCCCAUUUUUACCCAUCCUGUUUUUUACGCUUCCGUCCAACAACAACAGCCUUCUGUCGCCGUUUGUUAGAAUUGAAGACUUUGAUUUUCAUUUCAUCAAUUUGCAUCUCGGCCUAAUUCCUGUCUGCCAGGUGCCCGUGUAAAUUUUUUCUUUGUUCUGAAAAAAUUACACUGCUGCGUUGCGGUUGCUGUGCCUGCAGACGCGCGCCUCUUGUUCCCCUUUGCCUUUUGCGCACACGCCAGCCAGUCCCAGGCUGACUUUACCGGGGGGCGUGGCCUUGGACUUUUGCCUCACACACCCAAAGCCAACCUUUGUUUUAUACUCCUUCUCCCAUCCUCAUCACCACUCUUCCCCCAUCCCAUCACAGCUCAUCUGCGCUGCCAUCUCCCGCAUCCUCCCCUCUUCUUCUUUUUAUUGCUGCUUGCAUUGUAUACAUGAUCGCGCUCAUUCCUAGCCAUGGCCGCUGAGAGUGAGUCGCCCGCUCGCGACACAUCAUCUCGUGGCCGCGGAAGAGGCGGGCGAGGCAAUCGUGGUGGUCGCGGCAGAGGCGGUGGACGAGGUGGUUCUACCACAUCUACUUCCCUCAAAUUAUCUUCUGCAAAGCUUUCCGGUCGUGGCGGAACCCGCAGAGGCCGCGCAAAGACCUUUACAGAUUCUCGCGUACAGGCUGCAUAUGAGCGCCAACGAGAUCUGAAGGCCACCUACCAAGCCGUCGCACACGCCAUCAAGCCUGCUCUUCAAGAGCUUGCUGAUCGUGCUAUUGAAGAUGCCAUCAAAAAUCAAGAGAGCUACAAGCUCGUUCCUGAAUAUCGCCCCCUUAUACUCGGGCUGCAUCGCAAUUUUCAAAACAAGAUGGACGAGUUCGACAGCCGUCUAUCCAAGGAUCUUGCUCUUGCCAAAGGAACGUUCAACGCAAACAAUUUUGUUGCUGAACGCGAAUUCCAAAAUGCCAUUGACGACAUUGAAGAGCAAUUCUUCGAGAGUCAAGAGAAUCGCACCCGCAUCCUGGCUGCUCUCGUUGCCAGAGGUCUGCCGGUAGACGUUCGUGAUGAGCAAUAUGAAUACAAGGUCAUCUCGGAUAGAAAUCUGGACAAGGAUUUCGGCAUCUACGAAUGCUAUAAAAAGGGUGUCCUUGUUCCAUAUCCUUCUCGUGUCAAGGGCACAGAGAUGUGGCGAAGAGCCCGCGAUGCGGAUGCCGCCCUCGCUGCUGCUGCUACAGCAGCACCCAAAGCUAACCGUGCCCGCGCCCGUGUUUUGAACAAACGCCGUGCUCAAGAUCAACCCGACGGUCAGCCUACACCCAAAAAGUCGGCUCGUGGUUUGGAUGAGGACGCCAUCAUAGAAGAUGCCGUCGGCCACGCCCCCGCUAAGGGCCUGUUGGCGUCUGCCGCCGAGGCUGAGGCGCAUCCUGAUGGUGUGGAGGAAGAAGACUCUGUGCCAGCAUCUCCGGAACCGACAGGUGCUUCCGCUGGGGCCUCGCAAGGCAAAGAUGCAAGCACAAUCCAGCGAGAAAAGAGUCCUGCUCUUCCCAAGAACAUUGGAGAUGCCGACGAAUACGGCUUCCGCCUCUACAACCAACGCUCGUCUACUCGCGCUUCUGGUGCCAGCAGCCGUCUGUUUGCUCCUCGCAUCUUUGAUUUCGAGGACUGGGAGAUUGGCUUCCGUGACACUUCAAACGACUCCAGCAAGGGACACACUAGAGCAAAGCGAGGCAAGUAUCUUGACAAGCCCAAUACCACCGGCAUGCACUUUGACCACUGGUGCAACGGAUAUGACUUUGGAAUCACCGAACCUGAAGACUUUGAUGAAGAAGUUGUCCGACGCCACAAUGUUCACCCGCUAUAUGGUAUCUUCCUUGCCGACAGCAAAAACGACGUGGAAGAGCACCAGCCAUACUAUAUGCCUGGCAAGCCAGUAGUGUACAUUGCAAACCCCUCUGGCCGAAUUUCACACGCCUCACGCUCCUUCACAUCGACUAUUAACCACCGUCGUGCCGAAGAAGCACCUCUGCGAACCAAGUUGCGCGCUUCUCUGAGCCGCUUCUGCAAGCUUGCAGAAGUCGAGGCCGAAGAAAUCUCGACAACGGACUAUGUUCGUACUGAGGACCAAAUGCACAAGAAGGCUCUUCGUACAGCUAGCAAGGAGCUCAAACUCCGACCUCGUGAGAAGGGUACUGGUUCUGACGACGAGGGCGAUAUGGAUGAUAUCAAGGAAGAUGACGUUGAUGCUGCCAUUUCUGCCAUGUCUGUUCUCACUUAUGCUUCCGCAUUUGUUGAGGCGUCUGACAUUGGCAAGCCUUCGGCACCAGUCAAGCCUGCGCGUUACGACGCUAUUCGUGACGUCUUUACUGAUUCCAAACCUGCUGCUGCCCCCGCGCCAGUGGAAAGAAAGUCCCUUGAGCUCAACUUCCUUGCUGAACUUUGCAAUGUUGAGGCCCGCUUGCCUGGUGGCAUUGACGGAUCUGAUAUUCGCAGUACUAUCAAAAAGGAAGAGCCGUCUAGCAACACCUACGGACUUGCACCACCUGGCCGCGAGCCUGAGUCUACCUCGUCCUUCUCUCAUGUUAGCCGAAGCGACCGAGCUUUCCCUCAGCCUCCAGGUUCUAGCGUCGUGUCCGAUGCAUACUCUAGCAGACAUGCACCGCCUCCCGCCAACGACUACAAGACGUCGCCGUUGGUUCCCCCUCCUCACCACGACCAUGGGUACCCGUAUUCACACAAUGGCUAUCCAGCCGGUGACAUGCGCGACAGCCACAUGUCCACAGGUCGCCCAUUAGAUGUUGGCUACAACCCUCGGCGUGUCAGCGGGUAUGGCUCUGAUGCCCCCCCUCCGCCUCCUCCAUCGUACCCUCGGCCAUACUGGUCUCAGCCAAGCGCUCCUCCUCCUCCUCCUCCCGUUGCUGGUGGUCCAGUUGCUCCCCCUUCUCAUUAUAGUCAAUCUUCGUUGGCUCCCCCUCCUCCACCUCCUGCAGGACGUAUGGGAAGUUAUGGACAGAGUGCAAGUGGCGACUUGCCGCCGCUGCGACCUCCACGCAACCGCAGCUCAAUCCCUGAGGACCCUGGCAUGGAUUCCAUGAGAUCGAACAUCUAUUACCCUCCUGGUCCUUCGAGGUCAUACCACCGCGGGUACCCAGAGCCUGUUCAGAGCGCACCUCUGCACGGUUUGGGUGGUGACCGCAUGCUCCCCACGCCUCAGCAGCCGAGUUCCUCAUACAUGGGAUCUCCUCCUCCACCUAGCUACAACGGGCAGGUUCUGUCACCUACGUUUUCAAACCAUCAUGGAGCUCCCGGUCCAGCAAUCCAGAGCCCUCCUGGUACUCCGUCGGGACACCAAGGCUCCGCGCAACGCCACCGCUCAACACCAUCUGGCUCGUCUGAUGCUGGUUCUGCCAAGUACCGCAAACUGCAGCCUGCGCCAGUGCCUGCUCAUCGAUCGUGGCCUAACAAGCCUGAGCUCAAGACAAUCCCCUACGACCACAAGGAUAACGGAUCCGGUGCAGCGCUGCCCAACUCUGGACCAACACAAAUUCGAGGGUGGAAUGUUAACCAACCUCGUAAGCGCAGCAAGGUCGAAAAGGAGCGCCAAGACUCAACAAACGACGAAUCUAGAUAGAAUCUAGGUGACUCUUCACAGACAACACAGUUGAGCACACCAACCAACACCACAUACCAAUCACCCUACCAAUCUAUACGGCCAAAUGGGCCAAUCACUCGCGCAAGUAGCCCAAAACCGCCAAUCCUUCGGCCGCGGAUACUUUUGAAGAGCAAACUUGACCAGGUGGACGUUGUCGAUGCGCCUCCACCAUACGCUCACACUGCAACAAAUCCUACUAUCAUGCCUAACAGUCAAAAGUGUCAAGGGUCCAUUGAUAGUAGCUCCGCUGGCCAGCUUCCACCUAUUAAACAGCCUCGUCGAUCAUCGCGUCGACACUGAAGCUGUACAUCUUGUACCAACAUAUCCAUUGGUCUGCAAAUUAAUCUUGCCUGCUUUCGCCAUAUACCAGGACAUACGCAUGUGUCUGUCUUUUUCACUCUGCAAGCGUUGUCCGACGUGCUUUUGUUCUUUAUUUCCUUCUCUUGUUUACGCGUUUGCUUUGGACUCCAAAAAAGGACUUGCUUAUAAAACUGUUGAGUCUGGCGUCGGGGGUCAAAUCAUGAAGCUGGCAUCGGGUCAUUUUGACCACGUUUUUUUUUUCCUUUGUCGUUGUUGAUUGAGUUGCAUUUUGUACAUUUACAUGACCUGCCAUUCCUGAUGUUUUACCAGCCAAUCCUUUUAAUCAAGCAUGACGGCGGUGGAAGACUCUUGGGUAGAUGAUAGACGGUUAGAUCAGCAGCGGGGGAUGAAUACACGUGUUAAAAACUAUCUUUUGUGUCUUGUUCCUGUGAUAAUGUAUUGAUGUUUAAUGAUGUAGAUGAAAUUGGCUCUUACUUUUAAAGCUCUUUCUUGCCUAACAUGGCCGAGCUUCCAAUUCCUUUUUUAACCUAGUUCCGUUUUGUCAUAAUGUACAUGAUCCUUCUUUAUUGUUUCAACUCUCAUCUAUGUUCGUGUGCCUCGUGCUUUACACAAUCGGUACUGCUCCAUCAACAGGCAGUGCACCGCUCAUAACAGCCGGCAGCACUCCAUCUACAACCACAGGAGCCGCCGAUGCAAGCAACCCGCGACCAAGGGCCUCACCAGGAGGAUGCAAAGCAUACAUCUGCGCCUCCAUGGUGGUGCCGUCAAACACAACCGUGUUCUGGAUAGGCUGCUGCGUCUGGCCAAGAACGUUGAUGACAUCCUGCGCAAGCUGGCCGCCAAGAAUGGCGGUGACAGGGGCAAUCUCGCUUCCCAGGUUUUGUAAAAAGCUACGCAGAAACUCGGGGCGCAGUGUCUCACUUGGCAAGCUCAGCGCCUUAUGCUUCUGCGUUGCCAGCUGCGUGAAGAGCUUCAGAUCUUCGCGGUUAGAUGGUAAGCGGCCGCCCUGGAGCGUUGUGAACUCCCAAAGUGCACGUAGGCACGAGAGCGUCGGGCUGACCGCACGCAGGCGGCGCUUUGAGGAGAUGUACUCUUGCGGGAGCGUGGCCACAUCAGACGCAAGGAACCACGUCGAGUAGAGCUCGCGCUUCGACACGGACUCGACGACCUUGGGCCCUUCCUUCUUCGUAGUGACGGCCGUGAUGGACCGCGUGCGGGAUUCUUGCGUGUUGGCUGCCGUCGCAACGUUGCCAGCGUCUCGGCGGAUCACGUACUCGUGCUCAAUGAGGUCCGAGAAGAUGAAGCCAUACAUGCCGUGCGUGCCGGCAGCGUAGAAGGCCUUAUUGUUGAUGCGUGUGGCCGUAUUGAUGAGAUUGAACGAGUCGGAGUCGAGGUCUGUUGCGACAACAAUAUCAUAGUUGGCAAAGUACGCGGGACUCUUGGCCUUGACGCCCUCGGGGUCGACGUGCACGGUGACGCGCGGGUUCAGCUUGCGCAGGUUAUCGGCGGCGGCUUCUGCGCGGUUGCGGCCAACAGGCGAAGCGUCUGACGACGAUGAAAGAAGAAACUGGGCGCCGAGGUCCGCUUCGGUGACGGGCGCGCUGUCGAGGAGGGUAAUGGAGGAGAUGCCGGCGAGGACGAGGUUCUUGGCGGUCUCGUUGGCGAGCGCGCGCAUGGUAAUAAGCAGGAUGUUGGCGCUUUGGAUCUUGGCUUGGGCGUCCAUGCCCCAGAGGCGGAUUUGGCGAUCAUACAGGGCGAUUUCGUCGGCGGAGACGGUGGCUGGCGCGGUAGUGCCGUUGGAUGUUGGCGGUGCGGCCGCGGGGUUGAUGAUGAAGGGGAGGGUUUGGGGGAUGGUGGCGGCCGUAACGGGGUCGAUGAUGGGGAUUUCGCCGUCGGGGGGGAGAAUUGAGGGUGUGUUUGUAGUGUCGGUUGAUACGGGGGCGUCUGACAUGGCUGUGUCGGGGAUGGAUGGUGCUGCCAUUGUGAAGGUGUUGGGUGCACGAGGGCAGAAGACGAGGUUCGUAAAGAUAGGUUGGUGAUUGCAAUUGGGGUUUUUGGUAAGUGAUGUUUGCGUGGAGUUGAGUGGUGGAUGGGGUGUAGCGUUCGUGUCUUUCGUACCGUGCACGAGACUGGGUGAGGGAAUGGCACCAAUAGGAAAGAUGAUUUGACGUGCUGGUGAAGUGUUGGUGAUGAUUGCAAGAGUGACGUUGUUUGGCGUUGUCGGAGUUGGACCAAUAGGAGGCUGUAGAAACG